AAGCUCCUAAGUGUCUAUUGAUAAUAGCCAGUGCAGAAAAUAGCUUUUAUGUAUUUAUAAAUUAUUAUGGAAAAUAGACAAGAUAACGCCCUGAAUCAGCGGCCUCAUUGGUCUCAUUUCGAGUGUGAUGCAAAGAUGCAGAACGACGCUAAAUUUUUGGAACAAAUGUCCCAUACUAAAGGCGAUGACGCUCCGAAAGAUGCUGUAACUCGCCCUAUCCAAAAUCUUGAAUUGCAAGCUAUGCUAGAAGGUCAUGAUCUAUGGGCUUAUUCCCAAAAUAAGCCUCAUCUUUUUUCGGUGGGCGGAGUUUUCUACGUUUACAGUCAAAAGACGGGAUGCUUGGAUAGUGGUAAACACUUCUCUCUACCCCACCUCGGAUCUAGACUAUUCUGCUAUAACAAAACAGACGAUCGUCUCGACCUUUGUAUGAAGCCAUAUGGCCACUUUGCAGUAGAACCGAACAUAGAAGAGCUGGCUUUAUCAGGAAAGGUUCAAGGACACGGAGUCCAAGCAUCAAAAGCUACAACUAACAUUAGAAUGCCUAGUGAUUUACCACCGUUUCCGCAAACAGAGACCCGUAAGAAGUCAUUACCGCAAGUAAUGGAAGAAGAUAGUUAA